CUCCCGCUCUCCCUCUAUCAGACGCUUUAACAGAUGCGCUGAGCACAGUUGCCUUUCUCUCGUUCUUGCGCUUGGUCUUGCACUGCCCCACUUGCAGACCUUCGCAGUUGGGAUUUGGAUAAUUAGCAGAAUCAACCACCAGAAACAAACAGUCAAAUGGAUAAGCCAGGACAAAUGGAAUAAGAGAAAUCUAAAAAAAAAAAAAACAAACAAAAAAAAAAACGGAUGGGAACUGCUAAAAAUAACUGCAUCGCAAAAGACUGCGUUCAUAGCAUCCAUCAUGUCUCUGUUUUUUUCUGACUUCUUUCAGGAUACCUGUUCUGGUCCAUGGGAUUAAAAAUGACUUAAAAUUCAAUCAACGGCCGAGGAGAGAGACAGAGGGAUGAAAAAAGAGGGGGUUUGUCCUCUGAAGAGAUUCAGCAGCAUACAGCUGGGGACACUGCUCUGUUAGAGGACGUUAAGGAUCUGCAACCCGGCAUCACUGACACUUUGCACCAUGAGACUAUUGGACACCUAUAAGGAAGAUUAUUAAAAAGAAAAAAAAAAUCUGUUAGACUGAAAACAAGACGGAAUGAGUGACAAGCACAGACAGGCUGAAAUGAAUCGAUGAACAGAAAAGAUAGGCAGGUGGAGAGGAGUGAGAAUGAGGGAAGUGCUCAGAAAAUAAAGUGGGGAAAAAAUAGAGACAGCAGAACGAAAAGCAGGCUGGCAACUGGAAGACCCUGACAGGAAAUGUGCUGUGUGUAAUGACCCCAGAUGAGAGGCUCUUAGCCUGGGAACAUUCCGGAAAAACAGUGAAUAAAGUUCAGCAUGGUUCACAGUCAAGCUUACAUGGAUACAAAUGUACAACUGCAGGCCUAACUAACUCUAAACACUGGUGUGUGUGUGUGUGGAUGUGGAGAGGACAGACACUCCGGUCCUGAACAGAGGAUACGAUACACACUGGGACAUGGAUACGAGCUGCACCACACACAUAUACACACCUACACAAAGGCCUGGAAACACAGCCAAGACUGCAGACAUGAGCUGAUCGAAGUCCUGCGACUGACACAGACAACAAAGGUCUGUGGAUUAACCCCCCUUCUACCAUGCAAGCCUCCCCACCUCCUCAUUCUGAAAAAUCAUACCCAUCCCUCAUUUUACAUCACCAUCCAAGUAAAUCACCCUCCUCCCCUCUCCCCUUUCACCCAACAUCCCAUUCUUAUUCAUCCAUCCUUAAGCCUUCACCCAAACUCCUAUCAUUGGAUACGUCUCUGUGUCCAAAAUACACCUGUGGUUUCCUUGCCCAAUCCAUACCAUCCCCAAGCCCACCUCUACCCUUGCUUCACUGGCUGACACUGGUCACAUGUGCUUGCUUGCUACCGGCCUUGAUUGGACGGAUUCCUGGUGCGCUGGCAGGAGAAACGUGGGGUGUAGUUUCUUCAUGCCCUUUUCACUGUGUAUGCCGGAACCUUUCAGAGUCUCUGAGCACACUCUGUGCAGACAAGGGCCUCCUCUUUGUUCCACCAAACAUUGACCGCAGGACUGUCGAGCUCCGUCUUGCUGACAACUUCAUCAGAGAAGUAGGUGGCAUAGACUUUGUCAACAUGUCCGGACUGGUGGAUUUAACACUGUCACGAAACACCAUCAGCUACAUCAAGCCAUUGGCAUUUGCAGACCUCGAAAGUCUCCGUUCAUUGCAUUUGGAUGGUAACAGACUGACUGCACUUGGUCCGAGAGACUUAGUCGGGAUGCUGAACCUACAGCACCUCAUUCUGAACAACAACCAGCUUAUCAACAUUUCCGUUGAUGCCUUUGAUGAUUUUCUCCUCACAUUGGAAGACCUCGACCUGUCUUACAAUAAUAUGCGCAAAGCACCAUGGGAAGCCAUCCAGAACAUGGCCAGCUUGCACACGCUCAAUCUCGACCACAACCUCAUUGACCAGAUUGAAGAAGGCUCUUUUGGUGAGCUCUACAAACUCGCUCGGUUAGACAUGACUUCUAAUCGCCUUCAGACUCUACCACCUGAUCCACUGUUUUCCAGGUCUCAGACAGGAGUGAUCAGCCCUACUCCCUACAACUCAGUAAUCAGUUUAAAUUUUGGAGGAAACCCUUUGCACUGUAACUGUGAGCUUCUUUGGUUGCGAAGGUUGAUUCGGAGCGACGAUAUGGAGACUUGCGCUACUCCGAUUCACCUGGCAGGACGGUACUUUUGGUCAAUACCUGAGGAGGAAUUUACUUGUGAGCCUCCACUUAUAACGCGUCAUACACACAAACUCUGGGUCUUGGAGGGUCAAAAGGCAACACUCAAAUGCAGAGCUAUUGGAGACCCUGAACCAGUCGUGCACUGGGUCUCACCUGAUGAUCGGAUUAUUGCUAACUCUAGUCGUACCACUUCAUUCCGCAAUGGGACACUUGAAUUCUUAGUUACUGUGGCCCGUGAUGAUGGCGCUUAUACCUGUAUUGCAAUCAAUGCUGCAGGUGAGGCCACUGCGAUUAUUGACCUUAAAGUCAUUCCUCUUCCUCACCGAGGGAAUGGGACAGUUUCUUUAGCCCGUGACCCAGGGUCAUCUGAUAUUACUAGAGGAAAAGCAUCCAAUGGGCAAACCCCUAGCCAGGACACUAACACAGACCCACAUGAAGGUAGAGAAGAAGUAGAGACAGAGGUUGGAGGGAGUGAAGGAGGAGAGGACGAGUUUGUGGAGGUACAGGGGGUGACCUCCACCUCAGCACAAGUUCGGUGGGAUAUAGGCAGACUUUCAGGUGAUUACAUGGUCUGGAUGUACCAAAUACAGUACAACUGCACCGCAGACGAAACUCUGGUAUAUCGAAUCCUGCCAUCUACGAGUAACAGCUUCCUCCUGAAGAACUUGGUCUCUGGAGCAGACUAUAACCUGUGUGUUUUGGCCAUUUUUGAUGACACAGUCACUUCCAUGGCAGCCACAAAGGUUCUUGGAUGUGCUCAGUUCAGCACCAAGGAUAAUUACCCAGACUGCCGUUCACUGCAGGCCCACUUUCUGGGUGGGACCUUGACCAUUUUGGUGGGGGGAGUUGUUGUGGUUACGCUGCUGGUGUUUACCGUGGCGCUUAUGGUGCGUCACCGGGUCUGCAGUAAUCACAGCAAUCAUCAUGGUGCUAGUGCAGAGGUCGGAUGCUCAAGAUCCAACUCGUCAGCCCCAGAGAAAGGAGCCAAUGUUUUUUCACAGAGAAACAGCAGCAGGGAGGUAAUGAUGGUGGUCUUACCUAAUGGGCUGCCUCAAAAACAAAGAGGUGUGGGAGGAGGGGCGGAGUCGUCAUCAAAGUUAUCGCCUACUCAGAAACCCCAAACACUGCCUAAGCCCAAAGUGAAUCUGGAGCAGCUAAAGGCAGGAGUAGGGUCACAGAAGGCACUUCCACCGUACACCCCAGAGACCGAACGAAUGGCAAUGUACUACACCCCCAAGAAGCCGUCCCAAUCUACACUGCCACGUCAGUCACGUCAGUCAGAAGCUGCACUGACGAAACUCCAUUUAACAAACAGGGAUACAGAGAAACCGGCUAGAUGCAGCCUUGACCCCUCAUCUCAUAGCGAUCGGAGGUUCAGCACAGGAGGGUCUGUUGUCUUACGCCGAGGAGGCAGGGACAGCGGAUGUAACUCAGAGACAGCCUAUCAGAGCUCAGGCCUUAGUGCUGCACGCCACAGACGCAGCUCUUCAUUUGACAUGGGCAACAUGGCGGCCACAACCUGCUACAGUUACGCCAAGCGACUGAGUGUCAUCUGGAGCAAACGGAGCCAGUCACUGCAUGGCAUGCUGGCCCAGUGUGCCUCCACGAACAGCAUCUCCACAACCAGCAGCGGCGGCAGUGGGGAUUUCCAUGUAAGGCACACGCGUAGCGCCAUCCACACCUACAAAUCUAACACCCUGCCUUCAAGCAUAGCCAGAACACAUACAGAGCAAUGUAGAGACAAAGGUAAAGAGAAAGUAAAGGCAAAAAAUAAAGGAGAAGAACUGGAGGAAAGUGUGGUGUAGACCAAAAAAAGAGCUACACGUUGAAGCAAGGAAUGAAAAGACCUUUAAAAAAACGAGUGGGGUGACUGUGGACAGACAUAGAUGAAAGAGGGAAAGUUAAAGUGUGCAACGUGAGGGUCUGAUAUGUGGGUGUGGAAGACAGGCUGAGAAAAAGGUUGAGUGGAAAGAUGAGAGGCAGAGAAAAGAUGUCAUGUUAAAAAAAAGGAGUAGACAUGAAAAGGUACAAGGAGAGAAACAGGAGGAAAAAAGGAGAGCAGAGUCAAGAAUUAGGCUAAUGUCAAAUGGACUAAAAAAAGGGAGAACACAUUGGAGCAUAUCCUGUGGGACUGGUGUCUAAGUGGAUUCUGAAGCAACACAGAAAUUCAAUCUCUCCAAUGAGCCUAUAAAGUGUGAAUAGAGGAGCUAAAUAAAGACUAGGUACUUGGCCUAUUUUCAAAAAAAGAAAAAAAAGAAAAGAAAAGAAACUUAUAACGCAGACGGGCAAAGGGACAGACUGACGGCAUUUAAGCAAUGAUCAAUUAGCUAUCCUGUCACUGGGAUUAUGGAAGCAGAGGCGCAGCUGGAAAUGCACAGUCAUGCCCAAUCAAUCGGAUAUGAUCCACAGAGAGAGAGAGAGACAGAGAGAGAGAGAGAGAGAGCUGCCUUUGCAGUAACCUGGUAGCAAACAUAAAGCGGCAUGGGUGUGAAAUGCAGCACCAGAAUGAUGAUGAAAUGAUCUGGGACAGAUUUAGCGCAUAGACAAAUAAAUGGCCAUUGACUGAGGAAGAAUGGGAUCAGUUCCGGUUUGUGGAUAUGUGUGGGUGUGUGUGUGACACUGAGUAUGAGUGCGUAUGGAGCAGUCAGUGUGUAUAUGUAAAAGGAUGAGGACUCCUUUUGUUUACUUCUGUGAUGCUCCAUUUUACUAGAAUUAUCCAGACUGUGGUCUGAUGAACUGAGACUGAUCCAUUAUUGCAGACCAGGUCAUUAAAAUUCUAUAAGGUGUCAUUAAGACUACAAAGAAACGAAGAUAGAAAGUAUAAAUCCAUUGGAAGUCUGUUUUGUUACUAAUUUUCAUGAGUGAUUAUAGAGCUAAAAAAGAAAUACAAUUUUGUUGCAACAAACUUUUAUGAUUUUUAGUUAUCAAUAUGAUUGUAAUUAUCAUUGAGGUUAUAUGAAAAGAGAACAAAAACAGCAGGGUCAAUGAUAAUAAUAACCAUCCUGAUGAUAAUGUUUUUUUGUUUGAUUUCCAUUUUGCCAAAGUAAAUAUUGUUACCUUGACUUGAUAUUCUAAAUGAUGAAAUAAAACAGAAAAAAUAUGA